ACUUAACAAACUUCUACUAACUACAUGGAACAAAACAUGCGACAUCUACAUAAGCAAGUGUCAAUAAAUUGCUACGUGAAAAUGGUUGACUGUUGUAUUGACGGCCAACUAAAUGAAUUGGUCAAAACCUUUCUAUCAUCUACUUCCUCUUCAUUUCAUUAUUCACUUGCCAUCCAUAACCCUUUCUUUAUUUCUUUAUUUGCCUUCUUCGUCUAACCCUAAUUAGUAUACUAUUUUUCAGGGUUCAAGAAGGCGCGCCUAAUUAGGCGCUAGGCGGUGGAGGAUCACAUUGACUUGGCCACAGGCAUUGUAAAACGCGCUGAUAGCGCUUAGUAGUUAGGAAUAGCGCUUAGUUUGCGCCUAGUGGAGAGAAGGCGUGCAUGGGCGUUCCUGGGCGAGCUUAGGCGGUUAAACCCGAUACUUUUCGUUUUGUCCUAGAAAAUCAGAAAAUUGCCUCUUGCCCUAGAAAAUCAGAAACACGGGAAGGGGAUGACCAUGCUAUGUAUGUAUUCGGAGAUGAGGAUGAGGAAUCAUAUUGUGCACCCUCGAGUACUGUUACAGAUGCAAUGGCGGGUGAACAGAGUGAGCUUCGCAAGAGUGCACGAGUGAGAGAGUUCCAUGAUGAAGAAUUAGUGUCUGAAGAGAAGGAAGUGGAGGAGGAUGGUGAGGAGAUUGCUUUUGAGGAUGAUGAAGAUGAAGUGGUGGCUGGACGGACCUACUUGGAUGAUGAAGAAUGAACAUUUUCCUAUGAACUUAUUGACUAUUUGCUUGUUAUUUGUUAUGUUAAGUGUUUACUGUUAAGAACUAGGCAUUGCUAAUUUUAUAUGCACUUGGAUUAUAUGAAUUAUUCCAGAAAACAUGAAAUAUUUGAGAAAAUUUUCCAUUUAUGCUCUGAACGCCUAGGCGCGCCUAGGCUACGCCUAAUCAGGCAAGGCGCAAGUCAGGAGCCGAGCGCCUGGCUUACGCCUAGCGCCUUUUAGAACCUUGCUAUUUUUAUGCAUUCUAAGGGUCCAUACACGACUGACCAACAGUCUAGAGAAUUAAUAAUUGAACCAUGAACCA